GCGCUGUAAUGCCGGCAGCGGGGUAUGGAGAGUGUGUUGGGCUUGGAACAAAGCGAGGCAGGGUUAGAUCAGACCUUGGACACGGUUCACCUGGUUCUUUGUGUCCAGCGCUCUUCUCGCUUUCAACCAAUCACAGCGCACUGAAUAAUUGAUACUCGGCGCUGAUUGGAUGGAAUCUGUAGUGGGCUUGCGACGUGAGUUGCGAACCUACUGUGUUCUGCCAGAGAACAACAUUGAGAUUUUCCAAGCGUAUUGAUAAUAGAAGCCAGAGAGGGAUCGAGCCAGUAGAGAGAAGACCAUUGUCAGCUUCAGUCUGAGAGCUUGUGUGAAAGACCUGACUUAAGGGAGCGGCUGGGGCAGUGUUUCGCUCAGUCCUUUCUGUUGGGUAGCCAGCUUGCUACCGAAAUCUUUCUGUAUUUUGACAGUUCCCGACGUAUUUUCACAAAAUCAAUAUGUCAGAUACAGACAUAGAACUGUUGACUCCAAGCCCUUUCAACCGCUACUGCGAGUACGGUUUCCGUGAAGACAGCAUGGACAGCCUCCCGUCGACGUCCGACACCAGCAGCAACGCUUUGUCCUGCUUUCGUUGCGGAGGCGACAUUGUGGAUCAUAUCUACCUCCGAGUGCGCGGGCAUGCGUGGCACGUGCAGUGUCUCCAGUGCUGCGUUUGUUUGACGUCACUAGCAGAGCAGACGUCGUGUUUCAUCGACAACGACGACGUCUACUGCCGUGAUGACUACGUCAGAGAGUGUGCGGCGUCGUGUGAGAAAUGUCAUGAACCUGUUAUGCCGGAUGAUUGGGUCCGCCGGUCGCAUGGAUGUGUUUACCAUAUGGAAUGUCUGUCGUGUGAUCUCUGUCAACAUCAGUUCGCUACUGGUGAGGAGUUUUUAAUUCACGGAAACAAACUCAAAUGCAAGACGCACAUCAGAGAGCUGUUUAACGGCAAUGUGGGUGGUGUAAAGGUGGUUUCGUCUCCCUUCAACGGAACGUCGUCUCCAGGAGAUAUAGACGGGGACAAGUCCAAACGUCCUCGGACGGUGUUCACGGAGGAACAGACAGCACUGUUGACGAAGCUGUUCCAGGAAAACAACAGCCCUAGCACAAAGGAACUGGAGAAUAUCGCCAUACUGGCUGGGCUUAGUAAGAAGGUAACGCAAGUGUGGUUCCAGAACGCGCGUGCGAAGAAAAAGAAGACCAUGUACAAACAUAGUCUGAAACUGGCUGAGCUCUAGGGAGAAACGUUAGCCUCCACCCCCCGCGUCUCCCCCCUCCGUCUUCACCCCUCCCCUCCAUUGCCUGGCUAGAGUUGAGGUUGUCCAGACAGCUCCCUGAUAUGCAUACCAGCCAGCUGUACCCCCGCAUCUUAAACAUGGAAAGUUCAACUCUAUCCACUCAAAGAAGUUGCCCUACAUCUUCAUAUUCACCUCCAGCGGAGUGCAGCAUCCUGCGUUUCACGAUCCUAGGAUGAACUGCGUGUAAGGUCACGGUGACCUGCAGUGUUGAAUGGUGCUCUACGUGAAAACCUGGGAUGUGACGAGACUUAUGCCAUGUACUAAUCAAAACCUACGAAGUCAGCAUUUAGUGAUAUGAAUUAUUUUAUAUGUAUAUACAGCAGUAUUUUAAUAAUAUACGACAUUCAUAAAAAGCCUAAUCUUGUCAUUUGUAUGUCAAAUGUUUAGUUUGCACACCAAAGCCGUUGUGUUCGGCGACAGUCGAUGUUUGUAAACAUUGUGUAACAUUCCAUGUGUUUUUUACACUCCCUCAGUUCCAGUAGCGAGCUCCCUCGUUUCAAAUGGGUAUACGUUUCUGUUCAUGUGAUACUUUUAAUUUAUAUAAUUUAUAUUUACACUGUGGAAAUGUUUAUUAAA